AUGAAAAGUAGUUCUGGAAGAGGGGAAAGGAAGAAAGCCUUGGAUUGCCUAUGUACUGCUUUGAGGGAAUAUAACCUCAAAUUAGGCACAUUUAGAGCUUUGCCUGAGUUCAGGGAAUAGCAAGAAGGGGCUAGGUUAGAUGGAGAAGACAUAGGCUAUGGUUUUAAUCGAGAUCUCAAACUUAUUAGUGAGGUCCAAGCCCCAUCUCGCAGUUUUGCAAGAUUCUUUUAUGCGGCAUUCUCAGCAGCUGCAGGUAUUUCACUGUUGUUCACAAUUCCAAGGCUUUUUCGUGCUAUUAAAGGUGGUGGAUGCCCUGACCUCUGGGAAACUGCUGGAAAUGCUGCCACCAACACUGGAGGCAUCAUAGUUCUUGGGGCAUUAUUUUUCCGGGACAAUAAGAUAGGGGAAGAGCAACUUGCAGAGAUUACAAAAGACGAAACUCUGUCAAGCUUGCCUUUGCACCUUUCCACAGAUCAGGUUGUUAAACUUGUCCAGCCUCGAGACACUGUUAGACCAGAUAGUAACAAGACUUUUUUGUUCUUUACCCAUCAAAUUACAUACAUGUGGUCUCAUAAUUACAAACUUAAUAACAACAAAGGAAAGGAGACCGUUUCCCCGGCCAUGCAGAAAGCCGAGAGGUUCUGAACUGAGGUCGUCCCGCAAGGUGCUCUUUUACUUCCUGUUAUUUGGGGUGAAAGCAGGGCUCCUGAAGUAGAGAAGAAAGGGUUUGGUGUUCCUCAAAAAGCAGCUACCCCUCUUCCUUCCACUGGGGAAGAUUUCGAGAAAUGAACUCAUUCUGUGAUUGCAAAAUCAAAGUUGAAAGCUGAGAUUUGAUUUAGAGUCUAGGUUGUGUCACCAGCUGAAUGUGAAAGGCGGAUAAGGGGUCGACAGAAAUCUGAAGGAGUUUGUCCUGGUGAGGAUGUCUACGUAAUACUUCACCUUGAUGGUCGAGUUCGGAGAUCAGGGAAAGGCUUGCCUGACCGGCAACAGAUUGUAAAUGAAUUCCCACCAAUAGAAGCAUUCUUGAGCAAGCUGGAAAGAUAGCAGUCAGUGGUUCUGCCAAUUCAAAGAAUUUUGAG